ACAGGGGACAGUGGCUUCUUUUGAUAAAACACCUAAAUUGUCAUUGGGCAGAUGCAACCAUGUGACAAGCGGCAGGGUCUAAUUCCAACAAUGUCCGCGUGAAAGCAAUAGUUUAUGGCACUGAGGUCUCCAUAAGGCUACACCGACUUUAGUGGUUUAUGACAUUAGCCUGAUUACUGAACUGAAUCUGAAAAUCGGCGAGUUUUCCAGACAAGCAGAUGGAGAUGAAUUACGAAUUUCGGCGAGAAAGUGGUUUCAUCAACAGCCAGCCUUCGCUCGCAGAGUGCCUGACGUCUCUGGCCAACCCUGUCGGUGAUGCUUUUCCAAAUGCAUCAAUCAAGAGGUCGGCGCUUUCACGGUCGACACUGAUUCCUCCUCCUUUUGAGCAGACCAUCCCUGGCCUGAGCCCCGCUGUCCACCCACGCCACGGCCGCUUAAAGGACCCGCCGCGGGCUGCCAGCUCGCCCCCGGAGUACCCGUGGAUGAAGGAGAAGAAAAGCAUCAAGAGAAUUCCGACUGCUGCUGCUGCUGCUUCGGGGACCACGGCGGACUCCUCGCCUCUCUACCUCUCCCCCCAAGGUUCACCGGAGGCGCCAGAGGUUUUGUUUGGCAGUGGAGGAGCAUCCCGGAGGUUGCGAACCGCGUACACCAACACCCAACUUCUGGAGCUGGAGAAGGAGUUUCAUUUCAACAAAUACUUGUGCAGGCCGAGGCGAGUGGAAAUAGCUUCUCUGCUGGAUUUAACGGAGAAACAGGUGAAAGUGUGGUUCCAGAACAGGAGGAUGAAGCACAAGAGGCAGAAUCACUGCAAGGAGAACCGGGACAGUGAGGGGAAAUACGCGUGCCUCGACGACGGGCCGGAGGACGAGUUUGGACAGGCAGUGGACAGCGGCGCAGCUGGCACGGUCCCGGACAGGGAGAGCUAUUUCCACCUACAUACCUUAACUUCACAACAGUGUCAAAACGGCCACAAUGGGGAGCCCCAAAGCCCGGAGGUUCCGCCUUUGAACAGCAGUGAGAAAAAUCUGAAACAUGUUGCUCACCCUGCACCCACUGUUCCCAUCUGCAUGUCAACAAUGGGCCUGGACAAAGAUCAUUCCUCGGGUCUGGACGUUUCUUUGACGGAUUUCCACGUUUUCUCAUCCUCCUCUUCUUUCUCGCCGAGUUUGUCGGAUUCGGCACAAAGUCCCUUGUCUUUAUCAUCCGAAACAUUUAACCUUUUCUCAGAAACACUCACAACAAUCGACCUGCAGAACUUGAGCUAUUAAGAUAUGCCAACAGGUUCUAUUUGAAUUCAGACUCUAGUGUGCGGUUUUUUAUACUUAGUUUUAGCGUUAAUAGAUCUCAUAAAGAAGGUAAGUUAAAACAAAAAGAAAAAGAAAAGAUUAUAUAUGGGGAGUCAAUUCCAUUAACCUGUAAGAAGACAGUUUAUUUUUAUGUGGAUUUGACUAUAACUGAGCAGAAUAUUUUUCGUGAAAUAAAAGUUUACAUUGAUUGGAAACGCAACGGUAUUGUCUUAUUUCGCUGUGAGAACCUAGAGAUCAUAACUUUUAAACUCAAAAUAUUAAAAAAUAUCGUCCAGAAAAGAAAAUAAUAAUCGCCAAGCAUAAUUAACGCUGAAUAGUUGUACACAAAUAAGAAUACCAUACACUGUUUAAUUUGAAGGACACAUAAUUAAUGAUAGUUUUCUGAAUGAGUCUAUAAAUCAAACUAUACAUAUCGACUAAAAUUAACUGAAAUAAAUAGCCGAAAAAUGAGCUGUAAGCACUACAAAUACAAUUCAAGUGAAAUAAAGUAAAAUAUAAUCUAAUGUAAAAUGGCAGUUGCAGCCCAGUUUGCUAAAAUGUUUUUUGUUUAGCAACGAGACCAUGCUUACGCUAAGUUAUUCAUCGGACUAGAAAAAUGGCACAUCUUUAGUUAAAACCAAGAAAAAUAGUAUUUUCAGUAGUUGCUGCUUGCAGUCCCGGGCCAAAAGCUGUGACUUUUCUUGGCUCUGUAAUGAAAUUUUAUUGCCAAUAAAACUCACAGCACUGAUGGUGCUUGUUUAUUGCCCGAUCAGCAACGUUACAAUACCUUUGAAAGCAAUAAUUUCCCUUUAUGCCAUUAUAUUCUUUCAAAAGUUUUUGUAAUUUAAAUUAUUAUAUGUGCCAUUCAAUAAUAUAUUUUCCCCAAAUUGUUUACAUUUUGAAUUGACAUUGUUCUAUACCCACAACGCGGUAGAUAAAAUACACAUUUAAUUGGCUACAUUAAUUUACAGUCAUUUGUUUAAAGGGAAGUAAUUUGUAUGUUAAUAUGGACCAAAUGGAUUCCGUUAAAAGGAAAUCUUCCCACCGACCGGUUCGAUAAAGCGCGCACGAAGCCACAAUGUCACAGCUGUGAUAGCUGUUUUUAUUUUUUUUUAUUAGGAUACUGAUAUUAAAUCUUCAGGGGAAAUGGUCGAUGAAAAGCCAUAGUUUGUUCCGGGAAUCACAAGAUUAACAGUCACAUUGAUCAAUUACUUUGACCAGAGUCUGCAGGCGACGUGAUUCAUGUUCAGACUGCGGUUUGGGCGGUUGGACUUCGUAGCCAUAAUUAAAAAAAGAGGUGGUGAACUAUUCGCAUUGAGACAUGGUGCUGCGUGAUGGCUAAUUGCGCGCCUUCUGGAAAUAGGCCAAGUCCCAGAGUACCAAGAGGCAGAUGGAAAGACAGAUUUGGUUGGUUGGUUUUGUGCUACAGAGAUCAUUGUUUACCGUGUCUGCACGUCAGUGUCUGCACGGUCUUUUAAACACGUGUUUAUUGUUUACCACCGAGUCAGUCUCUUUUCAAGGAGCAUAGGACGCACCAUGCUGUACCCUUUCUUUUCACAUUCACGGAUUUCAUCUUUACAGCUCUACAGUUAACAAUUACAUACUUGAAUUGAUUAAUUUCCUUAUUAUGGUGGUUACAUUAACGUUUGGUGGCUUUGAGCAGCUUUGUGUUCCAUUGAAUCCUAAACGUGUAAUGAGUUCUUAAAAGGAAAGGAACCAAUCAAAAGAAGCUUUAAGGGAAAUACGAUACAACACUUUGCCAGCAGAUUCCGCCUUCAACGUACACACGCACUCACACACACACACACACACACACACACACACACACACACACACACACGGGUCGAAGGUCAAGCUGGCUCUCCUUUCCUCUCCAAGCUGGAAGGAACUACUGCCGAGUCAGAAGGGGGUGAGGUUUUGAAUGACCUCAGAGGAAUAUGUAGCUCAUAAAGAAUGCACUGGUUACUCAGAAAACUCCGAGCAGGAAGUCAGAGUGUGUGUGCAGAGAAAAUAAUAUUCAUGCAGAAUAUGAUCAUCGCUGAGCAAUGCAAGCAUACACAUCAACUGACAAAUAGACUUAAAUGGCUGGUGUUGUUUGGCUCAGGAUGAUUCUGAGUAAACAUCCAUGACAUUUUCACACUCAAUCAAUGGAGAAAAAGUGCACAGAAAAAUGCAUCACUGUUUUUCUGCCCUUACGGCAGCAAACUGCUCCCACUGUGCGAUGGGUUAAAAUGCAAUGAAAGGCGCUUUAGAAAAAAGCGUCAGCUAAAUGACCUGUAAUGUAAUGUAAUCUUUGGAUUUAUAUCACCAUGACAACGUUUCCUAAAAGAGACACAUAAACCAAUACGGACCAAUAUUGUGUGGAUGGUCUUCUCAAUGUUGGACUGAAAGUGGAGUAAGUGGGCAAAGGUUCAACACCUGCAGAUGAAGUGAAAGCUAAAGCUUUUCCACACAGCCCCUCCAGAGCUGCACUGACAUGUCUGUGUCAUUUCUCCACAACAACAGUAUACAGUUCAAAGGCUCACUGUCGAAAGACGACUAGUGAAUGACUGACAGCUUCAUAAACAAUAUGACAACCGGCUGCCUUCACUGAUCACAGUCGGCACAGGUUUCACUUUAUAUGAGUGAGUUCUUGUUUUAUUUUUACUUUGUCGUACCCUGAUACGGUGAUUGAAUCGGACCCGGGCUGGAAACAUUGUAUUGGUCGUUGAUUGCAUUGAUUACAAACUGACUCACAAAUGACAAAUGUUGUAAAGACCAAAUGUGCAGGAACACACCAGCAGACGUGGCAACGGCUCCUCCAAACACUUGUUGCUCAAAGGCAAAAGAUAACAGGCAGAGAACAGUUUGAUAUAUUCUCCUCAGCCCAAUGACCCCUGUUUAGAUUUAAACUGUUAAAUGAAUCAAAGUGCUCGCAUCAAUGUAAAGACACUCCAACGUGUCCAACGUGUCAGACACCAAAGAGCCAGAGAAAUAUGAUCUGGAAUCAAUCAAAAAUAUGAUCAUGUGUUAUCCGCCGACUUUAUUGCUCUGUAAAGACUCGUUCCUCCAUUAAAGCAUCAACUCCCAGUUGGCCAGACCAGAACUAUUUAUUCAUAUAUACUAGGGAGAUAAACAAACAAAAAAA